ACCGAGUGUCAUCCCGUGAUGCAACCGCUCCAAACGUUAACAACAACAAAGGAUGAUGAAUAAAUUAAGUUUCAAACUGUCUUUGUGCCUCAUGUCCUGUCCUGUCAUGACUGCAGUGUUUUGAGAAUUCACCGCCUUGUUCUAGCAAUAGCAAUGUUACACGUGCAAUUAAAACGGGAAUGAACGGUAAGUCGCCCAAGCUUUGCAGGUGAUGAUCACCCGGUGAAACACUAGCUAACAUUAGCUCAUAUAAUCGGUGUUUGCUAAUAUCGGCUAACUGAGGCGAUAUCCUUGUCUUUAGCUUGCUGAAUUUAAUGCCCCAUCUGGAAAAUAUAUUCACCACCCGCUGUCCGGAGUUCUGGUGCGUUAUGCACCAGCAAAGCAUUGGUCAGGACAACCUGCAGCAAUGCUCCAAAUCAGAGCUAAGCUAACCAGGCUAGGUUUAUAUUGGCAGCAUGUUCCCUCUCGGUUAACAAUGUGUAAAAUGAUAACAGCUAACUGCGGCAGGUUGCUUUGCUCUUCUUUCUGGCGAGAUCACAACAAAAGCUGCACACGGUGAAGGUGUGAAGUCUGCUUUCCAAAUAUAAAAAUGAUUCGCAUUGCAGCACUGAAUGCUGCUGCAACAACUGCAGAUGAGUCUCAAGAUCCACUGAGAAAUAACAAGAGUCGGACAAAAGAGGCUCAGGAAGCCGAGGCUUUUGCUUUAUAUCACAAAGCUUUAGAUCUUCAAAAACAUGACAAGUUUGAGGAGUCUGCCAAGGCCUAUCACGAGCUUCUCAAAACUCCACUGCUCAAAGAGUGGCAUUAUAAAUCUGAAUGUCAUCAGCAUAACAAUGAAAAAGGGCACCAUGCUUUCUCAGGAUGGAACCAAGAGGCCAUGCCCUCGGAUGAUCAGAGAGUGGGUCUCAAACAUCCUGGACUGAUGUUGAAAUAUUCUACUUUUAAAAACUUGGCUAGUAUGGCUGCAACACGGGAUGACCUGGAGACCGCUAUGGAGUUUUAUUUGGAGGCAGUUAUGUUGGAUUCCACCGAUGUGAACAUGUGGUAUAAAAUUGGUCAGGUGGCUGUGCGACUGCUGCGCAUUCCUCUGGCUCGACAUGCCUUUGAGGAGGGAUUACGCUGUAACCCAGACCACUGGCCCUGCCUGGACAACCUCAUAACUAUUCUAUACAUACUCAGUGAUUACACCUGCUGUUUGUACUUCAUUGCCAAAGCCCUAGAGAAGGAUCACUGUUACACUAAAGGCCUGGUGUUGAAGGAGAAAAUCUUUGAAGAGCAGCCCUGUCUGAAGAAGGACACGAUGCACAUGUUCAUGAAAUGUGAUAUGUCUGUUCACUAUGUAGAAGUGGAGGAAGAGGAACGCAAAUCCAUUGUGGAAGAGGCACUGGAGAUACGGAAGCGCAGACAGGCUCUCUCUCACUCUGAACCAAAACCUGAUCUUGUCCUCAUUCAGCCCAUCCACUGUCUCUCAUGGAAGCAUGUAGGUGAAAGCCUUCUUGCAAUGUACAGACAUCAAACCACAUGUGAACCACCACGCCCGAGUCUUGGCUGCAGAAUUGAUUUGUCAGAGUACAGUGACCCAAACUUCCACCAGAACCUCCCCCAGCCCAGCAGCCCUGUCAGUAUGGGCCAGACCACAGUGCUGAGCAGCAGCCCCAGCUCAUCCCUGCCACCAGUGGCCUUCCCUGAGCCAGCAGUGUUGCCCCAACCAGUCACCCGACCUCAUAUUACCCCCACCCAGACAACUGUAGAGAUCAUCACCUCUGCUCCCACUGUUGCUACUGCACUGGAAGUGUCUGUGACAGAUAAAGUGAAGAAAGCUCCUAAAAGGAAACGUGGGAUUGAAGAUAGUGGAGAGACAGCGAAGCGGCGCUCAGCACGUGUUCGCAACACAAAAUGCAAGAAAGAAGAAAAGAUAGAUUUUCAGGAACUGCUUUUUAAAUACCUUCCUUCCAGGCUAAAGAAGUUUGAUCCUGAUAAUGAUGAUGAGAGUCUGAGUAAUCUCGAGACGCACUGUGAUGGGAAAGAAGAUGUACAGCCUCUACGUGGCAGUUGCUUGCCUGCUGACUCAGUUGAAUACAUGGCAUCUGAACAACAGGAUGUCCAUAACUUCCUGCUCAGUAAUAUGACCAAUGGAGGUAUACUGGACCUGAUGAUGCACUAUCUGAAAGCAGUGGGUCAGAAGUUCAUGGAGGAGUGGCCUCGGGGACUGACUGCUGUGGUUCUGGAGAUCUAUCAGACCUGGAGGAAACAUAGCAGCGGUUUUCCUAACCCUCUGCUUCGGGACUGCAGCAACCGUCACAUCCGGGAAAUGUUGGCAAUGAGCUUAGCGUGUAUGGAGUUGAAGAUGGACCAAUGGUUAUGCAAAAAAGGGAAGACUGUGUCUCCAAGAAGAAGCAGUAUUGGUCCUGGCAGUGAUGCAGCUGACUCAGAAUUCCCUGGGCAGCACUUUCAGGGUGAUACCUUUCUUUUGGCCUUAGGUUCAUCCCAAAGAGACCUGUUUGAGGAUGACUGGCUAGAUGUCAUGGUGCGUGUCUACUGGCUCAAGGCACGAUUCUUGGCCCUGCAGGGAGAUAUGGAGUCUGCCCUGGAGAGCUAUGAUGUCUGUAUAGGCCUGUUGCAAAGCAAACCAAAGACCCCUGAAGGGAAACCUUACACCAUCCACCUGCCUAACCUACAUGUGGAUGCAGCAAUCUCUGUAGAGGAGAUUGACAAGAGGCUGAAGUCUCUGGAGCGUUGUCAGUCUUUGGAGGAGAUCCAGCGUCUCUAUGAGUCUGCAGAUUUUGAAUCUGUCGUGCGCCUGCUGCAGCCCACUCUUAAUUACGACGGCAGGAGUAAAUCUCUGGAAUUUGUGAGCUCAGCACCAGAGCGGCCAGCUCAGCUGAUGUUACUGCAGAACUCGCUGUUGAAGCUGCAGGACUACCAGCAGUGUUUAGAGUACAGCGAGCUGGCUCUGAAUGAAGCUCUGCAGCAGCUCAACUCUGCUUCAAAUAGCUCUCCCCCUAGUAAGGAGGAGUGGGUCAGCAUCAUUGGAAAGUUGCUGGAUGGCAUUGAGGUCUGCUUCACCAAAAACUCAGAGCUUCUCAACAAUGUCCCUCACUCUAGUAUGGCUCGACUGGCUAACAACCUAAUUCAGCUGAUUGAUCUUAGCAUGAGCAUUUCUGACGAUCCCAAGGAGCCUUAUUUCUUCUCAGUUCUGCCUUGGAUUAUCCUGUAUCGCAUUAUCAAACAUGAGGAGGCUGCAUUUGACUGUAUGCUUCAUCAGCAUAUGUCUGUAGGGGAUGAUGAAGAUGACUCAGACACUCCCAUGCUGCCCUCCUCUCUAAUGCUUCUGAAUACAGCCCAUGAGUAUCUUGGCCGUCGCUCCAUGUGCUGCAACUCAGAUGGAGCGCUCCUCAAGUUCUUUGUUCAAGUUUUGGAAAAAGAGUUUGCAGCCUCUUCCAACAGUGACUCUCAUCCCUACAAGGAAGAGCUGGAGACGGCCUUGGAACAGUGCUUUUUCUGCUUAUUUGCCUACCCCAGUAAGAAGAGCAAGGCUCGCUACCUGGAGGACCACUCGUCUCCACAGGUUGAGCUACAGUGGAGUGACACCCUCUUCAUGUUCCAGUAUUUCAAACCAAAGUCACUGCCUGAGUUUGACAGCUAUAAGACAAGCACAGUGUCUGCGGAGCUAGCCAAUCUGCUGAAGAGGUUUGCUGGCAUUGUCCCCCCAAGUGACUCGCCCAUCCUCACCAUGGAUGAAGUGGCAGCCUACAUUGAGCACAUGACAGAGAAGGCCCCCUGCCUUCCUGAGGGUAGUGCUCCUACACCUCCAAUCAUUAAUGAGAUCUACUACCUGCUGGCUGAUUACCAUUUCAAGAACAAGGAGCAGUCCAAAGCCAUCAAGUUCUACAUGCAUGACAUCUGUGUGUGUCCCAACAGAUUUGACUCCUGGGCAGGUAUGGCUCUAGCUAGGGCCAGCCGGAUACAGGAGAAGCUCAACUCCAAUGAGCUGAGAAGUGACGUUCCUAUAUGGAAACACUCCCAGGCAGUGCUUAACUGCUUUAAGAGGGCACUGGAGAUCGACAGCUCCAACCUUUCUCUGUGGAUCGAGUAUGGUACAAUGUCAUAUGCGCUGCAUUCGUUUGCUUCACGGCAGCUCAAGCAGUGGCGCAGCGAGCUCCCUCCAGAGGUGGUUAAACAGAUGGAAGAAAGGAGGGACUCCAUGUUGGAGACGGCGCUCCAGUGUUUCCAGGGUGCUUCCCGUUGUGAGGGUGACAGUGAUGAAGAAGAGUGGCUCAUUCAUUACAUGCUGGGGAAGAUAGCAGAGAAACGCAAGCUGCCUCCAGUGGAAUACCUGCAGUUAUACAAAAAGGCUGCACACUAUUUGCAUGAAGAAGCUGCCAGGUACCCCCGGAAAAUCCAUUACCAUAAUCCUCCUGACCUGGCCAUGGAGGCCCUGGAGUUGCAUUUCCGCUUGAGUGCCACUAUUCUUAAACUACUAGAGGCUGCCGAACCUGAUUUGGACCACGAGCUGUUGUUUAGUUUGCUGGUUGAGGCAGCUACAGGGCCAUUUGCGAGGGGUGAAGAGAAGAGUAUGCCAAGCAUGCCAAGGUCCCAUGAAAAGGAGAAACCCCCCUCCAUGAUGGAUGAAGACUUCAAUUGCUCAUCAGUUUGCAUGGGCAACAUCCACAGUUCCCCCUUGCCUUCAGUUGCCACCCCAGGUCUGACAUCCCCUCCUUACGUGGCCACACCGUUUGACCAUGAUUACGCCAAACGCAAAACACUUCGACGGCAACAGUGGCAGCAGCAGCGGCAUGAGGAGCAGCAGGCUGAUGCCUCACGAGAGUUUGACCAUGAUUACUGCCUGCCCAGGUCUCCAAUGUGGCUGGCUUCCCUGAAUGAGUGCAGUCAGGACAGUGAGGUGGUUAUGCUUUCUGAUUCCAACUCCACCCAGGAUGGCUUCACAGAUCUUGCCAGCUCACAGGACAGCAGCCACAAACCUGCCUCUGGGAAAGCCAGUUCAUCAUCAUCAGAAAGUACAACCCCUGUGAAGGAUGGGCAACCUGCAUCUGAGGACACCGCUUCCCAUGAAGAGCGUAUUGGCAUCCAGACUGAAGAGAAAGUUAUCCAGGAAGUAGUGGAUGUUGUGGUGGAGAUACUCCCUGAGGCUGCAGCCCCCAAGGUCUCUGCAGACCCUUGUCCUCAUCCUGUACCUGUCUCAACCACCCCUCCAAAGUCAGCCCCAUCUCAACAGGCCGCUCCUCAGACCCCAGCUGGUGAGGGAAAGCGGAAGCCUGAGCCCCAUGUUGAGGUGAUUGAGGUGCCAAAGGCCCUUCCUGCAGAGCGUGCUGACCAGAGACGAAUGCUGGUGGAAAUGUGUGUCCAUGCUCUCUUCCGCUGCCUCAGCCGCUUCCCUCAGCACUACAAAAGUCUCUACCGACUGGCAUUCUUCUACACCAACAGCAAGACUCAUCAGAAUCUACAGUGGGCCCGAGAUGUGUUGCUAGGAAGCAGUGUCCCAUGGCAACAGCUGAAGCACAUGCCAGCACAAGGACUUUUCUGUGAAAGAAACAAGACAAACCUGUUCAAUGGCAUCUGGCGCAUUCCAGUAGAUGAGAUUGAUCGUCCAGGAAGUUUUGCAUCUCAUAUGAACCGGUCUAUUGUCCUCUUGCUGGAGGUGCUGUCUCAACUUAAGGAUCACGAUACUCUGUUGAAAGUCUCUUUCAUGCUGCAGAGAACCCCUGACCAGGGAAAGAAAUAUUUGCGGGAUGUUGAUCGCCAGGUUUUGGCCAAGAGAGCAUUCUUCCUAACUGUAAAAGUCCUGGAGGACAAUCUGAACAGUCUCACAAGGUUGUCUGAGCAGCUUCCCAAAGUGCCUGCAUCCUCCAUGGGGGAGAUGACCACAACAGACGCAUCCAACAGGCCCAGUUCAGAGGAGAGCAAACAUGCACUGCCUAAGAAGCCUGGGCUUACAGAGGGAGCAAGUGCCACUGACACAGAGCCCAGAGAAGCUUCCCAGGUACAACUUACCCCAUCGCUGCCAUCCACAGAUAAAGGGAGCAAGGUUCAAGAGAGCUACCCUGGGAAGGUGGAGACUGCUGGGAUUGAGGGCCACAAAGCAAGGCCAGAGGAACCCAUGGAGCUGGACAGUGGCCACUGGAGGAAGCCAACUACCACUACAGAUUCUCAGGGCAACCAAACACAGGCUGAGACCUCCCUAAGUGCAGUAGAGCCCCAGCAGAGAGGAACUGACAGCAUCCGGACACCGGAGCUGUCUCUAGAGGAGCUCAGUAUCAGUUCCAGACAGCAGCAGCUCCAAGCCUCAGCACCCAAGGUCACUGUGGCAGCCAGUGGGACUGAACAGGGGUUGGUCCGAAGGCUGAGCAGGAAAAGGAAACUUAUAGAGGAUGUGGAGUCGGGAAAAACCCUACUGCUUGAUGCCUAUAGAGUGUGGCAGCAAGGACAGAAAGUCACGACCUAUGACCUGAGGAGCAUUGAGAAGAUCAUGUCAGAGACUUAUAUGCUCAUAAAACAGGUUGAUGAGGAUGUAGCUCUGGACCAAGCUGUCAAGUUCUGCCAGAUACAGUUGGCCGCUUCCGCACAAAGACAGCAGUCUGCAGGUGAUACCCCAACAACACCCAAGUACACAAAGGAGCACCAGGACAUCUUCUUCCCUGCAUCCCUACCAGCGCCCGUCCUGCUUAGCCACUCCACCUGCCACCCACAGUCCACCCAGGACGGCCAAGCCAAAGUGGUGUACGAGCCCCUGAGCAAGCUGCCCAGACCUCUGGCCUCAAGCCUCCACGACCAGUUGCAGCACAGGAGAGCGGCUAGCCACCCCACUGCAGCCAUGCCCCUCCUACCACACACAGAAGAGCGAGAGGAGCCCUCAGAGGGACUUUCAUACCGACAGCAGGAGUCGCAUCUUUGUCAGCAGAUGAAACUCGCCACUGUAUCCCAAGGGCAAGAUUCAGCAGCAGGCUGGUUCCAGGAGGAAACUGCCACUUGUAGCACCACACAACCUUGCCCAGACCAGUCACAAUAUGCCAGCAAUGAUCAGUCAAAGCUUCCAGAUCCCAGCCGGAUCCGCUCCCGUGUCCCACCCAACAUGCCAAAGCUUUUCAUCCCUUCCACAGUUACUAAGUUCCCACCAGAAAUCACAGUAACACCUCCGACCCCAACACUUCUCUCUCCAAAAGGCAGCAUCUCAGAGGAAACCAAACAAAGACUUAAGAAUGUCAUCCUGUCGUCUCAGUCUGCAGCCACCGUCAAAAAGGACACGCUGAGCCAGCCGGCGCUGGAUGUGCAGGAGACAUCCAGCCAGGAGUCCUCUCUGGAGAGCGAGUCAGACGAGGAGGACGAUUACAUGGACAUCUGAACCCCUGGAAGCCUCGUGUGCAUGCUGAACCUGAACUCUUCUCACAGUCCAGCCUGGCUCUAAAAAAAAAAACAAAAAAACACAGUACUGGUACAUGUCGCUGCUGCUGUCUUUGUUGAUGCUUUUUUCCCUCAUGUGCAUUGCAAAAAAGAAAAAGACACUCCCAAACUGAAAAAGUGCAGUAUUGUCAUCGCCUGUCAUGUCACGGUGUUGCUCUGCUUGUCAUAAGUGGUGGUGUAUAUGGCAGACGGUGACGGCUUCAGUCUCACAUGUCUGUAACAUGUCAUUUAUGCAUAUCACACAUCAGCUUAUCGAGCUCUCCUGCACCCAGCUGUACACUGGAUCUGGCAUCAAAGACUUUCAGCCAUUAAAUCCAAACCAGUUCCUGUGUUAUUGCAUCUUUUUUUUUUCCUCUUAUAUGCUAAAUGUAUCGCCAAUCCACAGCUAUAUGCUCGAGACCCUGCCAAUCUGAGGUGCCUCAGUCUGGACUGACACGCAGCAGCAUGUACCUACUGUCCUCCACUUUGGUCGUUUACUUUGGCAUGAGAUUUUCAUCUGCAAGACGCAUUGCAUUGAUAUGUGAAAUACUUCAUUGGACAACAAAAUGAAAUGAGGACAAUCGGCUGCAUUCGCAGUGUGUGAAGUUAAUAGGCCACACAGCCUCACAACCUGUAGCAGAUUGGAAAUGUUUACACUUAACAUUUGGUUUGUUUUUCAGUUAUCACUUUGUGCUAUUUUUGUACUCACUGUAUUUCUUGUAAUAUUUUGUCCUAUAUAUUUUUUUCUUUUCUUUUGAGUGCAUUUGUAGCUAAGAGGAACAGUUCUUACCAGGAGGAAGCCUGUCACCAGCACUGAUCUGAAUUAUACGGAAAGGGGGCUUCGCUUAUUAGAAAUUAGCUUUUGUACAUAUCAUAAUCCAAAAAUCUUUCCAAUAGGUUUGGCUUUAUUUGGUUGAGUAUCAAGCUGGAGAAGUGUGCGCAUGUGUGAGAGUGUAACCAUUAAGGUGAGGGUCACUUCAGUUCCAGUCGACUCAGGAAACGACUCCCCGUUACCAGGCGCUCGAUGUGGUCUUUCCUGACUUCAGUGGAAUUGAAAUGCAGGCUGACGGAGACUUUGUAAUACAGAUGCCUUUCCAUAGAGACCACUUUAGUGAAUUUGUCACAAUCCUAGCUGAACUCAGAGGAAGACAACAAUGUUUUUUACUGAUUGUUUUCUAUAAAGCGAAAGAUAUUUAUUGAUUAUGUUUCUUGAAAGCUGUCAAAGUAAUUUUUUUAAAAAAGGGCAUAAAUGAAUAAUUGUAAACUAUCACCCUUGAUUUAAAAUAUAUUUGUAUUUUAUUUCAUUAAUUUUCUUUAUUUUUUGGUGUAAGAUAGUUUUCUAUUGUGCAAAGCUUCUGGGGCCACCACGGCUUUAAAAAAAAAAAAAAAAAAAGACGGGCUUAAAGGCUUGAGCUCAGCGUGGCUCAGUGUGGAGGGAAGCUGUUCUCUGGACUAAAUGCAUUAUAGAUGUCAAACCAAAAAUAUAUUUGAGAAACACA